AUGAGUAAAUCCAAUUGGAGUGAAGAAAUAUUAAACCGAUUGAAUAUAAGAGAUACAUUUGAAUCACAAGACAAUAAAUAUUUUAUUGCUUUCCAACGAUUAUCUCAACAAUUAGAAAUUCAAAAGCUACAACAACAACAACUGCAACAAGUGCAAUACGAGAGUUCACCUUCUCCUUCAUUAACUUCUCCUAACUUAAAACAAGAAGAUCUAGAUCGAGGAAUUAUCUUAAAAGAAAAUCAACAAUUAAAGAAUGAAAAUAAUGAUUUAAUAUCAAGUUUAAAUACUGCUACAAUUAAUAAUGAAAAAUUAGAACAAAGAAUUAAACAUGAUUCUUUAACAAUAAAAUCAUUAGAACGAUCGAAUACAAAGUUACAGAAUAAGAUUGAGAAUUUAUUGCUUGAAAUAAAAGAGAAAAAUAAAACCAUUGAAUUGAUAAAUGAUGAAGUAUUAAUGAAUCAAAUUCAAUAUAAUGUACUUAAAGAUAAAGUAAAAUCACUUGAAAAGGAGAAUUUAAAACUCAAAAGUUAA